AUGUUAGAGGCGGAGCUGGAGUAUGACGGGGGAUCAACACCAAUCUCCCGGGGGGAGGUCACUGAGGUCGUCAAACAACUCCACAGUGGCAAAGCCCCAGGGGUGGAUGAGAUCCGCCCAGAAAUGCUGAAGGCUUUGGGUGUUGAGGGACUGUCAUGGUUGACACGUCUCAGCAACGUUGCGUGGAAGUCGGAAACAGUACCGAAGGAGUGGCAGACCGGGGGUGGUGGUUCCCCCUUUCAAAAAGGGGGAUCAGAGGUUGCCCUGCUUGGCUGUCUGGCUGAUGCUCAAAAUGUAAAGGAGCCCCCGCAGUGGCCAAAGUGGCAUCAGGAGCCUCAGGAGCCUCAGCAGCCUCAGCAGCCUCAGGAGCCUCAGGAGCCUCAGCAGCCUCAGCAGCUUCAGCAGCCAAAGUGGCCACAGUGGCAUCAGGAGCCUCAGGAGCCUAAAGAGCCACAGUGGCCACAGUGGUAUGAUCAGCAGCCUCAGCAGCCAGAGAGGCCUCAGCUGCCCCAGCAGCCAACAACUCCCCCUAAAUGGAACCCACCUCAGCAGCCUCAGCUGCCUCAGCAGCCUCAGCAGCCUCAGCAGCUUCAGCAGCCAAAGUGGCCACAGUGGCAUCAGGAGCCUCAGGAGCCUAAAGAGCCACAGUGGCCACAGUGGUAUGAUCAGCAGCCUAAACAGCCAGAGAGGCCUCAGCUGCCCCAGCAGCCAACAACUCCCCCUAAAUGGAACCCACCUCAGCAGCCUCAGCAGCCUCAGCAGCCCCAGCAGCCUAAACAGCCAGAGAGGCCUCAGCUGCCUCAGCAGCCCCAGCAGCCUCAGCUGCCUCAGCAGCCUCAGCAGCCAACAACUCCCCCUAAAUGGAACCCACCUCAGCAGCCUCAGCUGCCACAGUGGCCACAGUGGCCACAGUGGCCUGAGCAGCCACAGUGGCCACAGUGGCCUCAGCAGCCUCAGCAGCCUCAGCAGUCAAAGAGGCCUCAGCAGCCUCAGCAGCCUCAGCAGCCUCAGCAGCCUAAACAGCCACAGUGGCCUCAGCUGCCUCAGCUGCCUCAGCUGCCCCAGCAGCCUCAGCAGCCUCAGCAGCCUAAACAGCCACAGUGGCCUCAGCUGCCUCAGCUGCCCCAGCAGCCAACAACUCCCCCUAAAUGGAACCCACCUCAGCAGCCUCAGCAGCCCCAGCAGCCUAAACAGCCAGAGAGGCCUCAGCUGCCUCAGCAGCCCCAGCAGCCAACAACUCCCCCUAAAUGGAACCCACCUCAGCAGCCUCAGCAGCCCCAGCAGCCUAAACAGCCAGAGAGGCCUCAGCUGCCUCAGCAGCCCCAGCAGCCUCAGCUCAGCCUCAGCAGCCUCAGCAGCCCCAUCAGCCAAAGAGGCAUCAGCUGCCCUCAGCAGCCUCAGCAGCCUCAGCAGCCUCAGCAGCCCCAUCAGCCAAAGAGGCAUCAGCUGCCUCAGCAGCCUCAGCAGCCAAAGAGGCCUCAGCUGCCUCAGCAGCCUAAACAGCCACAGUGGCCUCAGCUGCCUCAGCUGCCCCAGCAGCCUCAGCAGCCUCAGCAGCCUAAACAGCCACAGUGGCCUCAGCUGCCUCAGCUGCCUCAGCUGCCUCAGCAGCCUCAGCAGCCUAAACAGCCACAGUGGCCUCAGCUGCCUCAGCUGCCUCAGCUGCCUCAGCAGCCUCAGCAGCCUAAACAGCCACAGCCUCAGCAGCCUCAGCAGCCAAAGAGGCCUCAGCUGCCUCAGCUGCCCCAGCUGCCCCAGCUGCCCCAACAGCCUCAGCAGCCUCAGCAGCCUCAGCAGCCAAAUAGGCCUCAGCUGCCUCAGCAGCCUCAGCAGCCUAAACAGCCACAGUGGCCUCAGCUGCCUCAGCUGCCCCAGCAGCCUCAGCAGCCUCAGCAGCCUAAACAGCCACAGUGGCCUCAGCUGCCUCAGCUGCCUCAGCUGCCUCAGCAGCCUCAGCAGCCUCAGCAGCCAAAGAGGCCUCAGCUGCCUCAGCUGCCCCAGCUGCCCCAGCUGCCCCAACAGCCUCAGCAGCCUCAGCAGCCUCAGCAGCCAAAGAGGCCUCAGCUGCCUCAGCAGCCUCAGCAGCCUAAACAGCCACAGUGGCCUCAGCAGCCUCAGCAGCCUCAGCUGCCUCAGCAGCCUCAGCAGCCUCAGCAGCCUCAGCAGCCAAAGAGGCCUCAGCUGCCUCAGCUGCCCCAGCUGCCCCAACAGCCUCAGCAGCCUCAGCAGCCUAAACAGCCAAAUAGGCCUCAGCAGCCUAAAGAGCCACAGUGGCCACAGUGGCAUCAGCAGCCUCAGCAGCCCCAGCAGCCCCAGCAGCCUCAGCAGCCUCAGCAGCCAGCAACUCCCCCUAAAUGGAACCCACCUCAGCAGCCUCAGCAGCCUCAGCAGCCAAAGAGGCCUCAGCUGCCUCAGCAGCCUCAGCAGCCAAAGAGGCCUCAGCUGCCUCAGCAGCCUCAGCAGCCUCAGCUGCCUGAGCAGCCUCAGCAGCCUCAGCAGCCUCAGCAGCCAAAGAGGCCUCAGCAGCCUCAGCAGCCUCAGCAGCCUCAGCAGCCAAAGAGGCCUCAGCUGCCUCAGCAGCCUCAGCAGCCUCAGCAGCCUCAGCAGCCAAAGAGGCCUCAGCUGCCUCAGCAGCCUCAGCAGCCAAAGAGGCCCCAGCAGCCAACAACUCCCCCUAAAUGGAACCCACCUCAGCAGCCCCAGCAGCCCCAGCAGCCCCAGCAGCCUCAGCAGCCUAAACAGCCAAAGAGGCCUCAGCUGCCUCAGCAGCCAACAACUCCCCCUAAAUGGAACCCACCUCAGCAGCCCCAGCAGCCCCAGCAGCCCCAGCAGCCUCAGCAGCCUAAACAGCCAAAGAGGCCUCAGCUGCCCCAGCAGCCAACAACUCCCCCUAAAUGGAACCCACCUCAGCAGCCUCAGCAGCCUCAGCAGCCCCAGCAGCCUCAGCAGCCUAAACAGCCACAGUGGCCUCAGCUGCCCCAGCAGCCCCAGCAGCCCCAGCAGCCUCAGCAGCCUAAACAGCCACAGUGGCCUCAGCUGCCCCAGCAGCCCCAGCAGCCAACAACUCCCCCUAAAUGGAACCCACCUCAGCAGCCUCAGCAGACCCAGCAGCCUCAGCAGCAGCCUAAAGAGCCACAGUGGCCACAGUGGCCUCAGCAGCCUCAGCAGCCUCAGCAGCCCCAGCAGCCUCAGCAACCUCAGCAGCCUCAGCAGCCCCAGCAGCAUUAUCAGCAGACUAAACAGCCACAGAGGCCUCAGCUGCCCCAGCAAACCUGUGAAGUUGCUGACAAUCAAAAGAUACAUUGUGGAGCUCCUGGAAUCUCUACUGAACAUUGUGAAGCUUUAAACUGCUGCUAUGGUGGAAACAUGUGCUAUUAUGGAAAAUCUGUGACCCUUCAGUGCACCAAGGAUGGUCAAUUCAUCGUGGCGGUGGCCAAAGACGCCACCCUACCCAACCUCGAUUUAGAGACAGUUUUCUUCCUUGGAGGUGGCGAAACCUGCAAUCCUCUUGGCACUAAUUCAGCCUUUGCCAUCUACCAGUUCCCUGUCACUGCCUGUGGCACUGUCAUGAUGGAGGAGCCUGGCGUUAUAGUCUAUGAGAACCGGAUGUCCUCCUUUUAUGAAGUCGCUAUUGGACCCAACGGAGCCAUCACCAGGGACAGUCAAUACGAGCUGCUUUUCCAGUGUAGAUACAUUGGCACCUCAAUUGAGGCUCUAAUUAUCGAGGUUGGCCUGCUUCCUCCACCACCCCCAGUAGCAGCUCCAGGACCCCUGCGCGUGGAGCUAGUGCUGGCCAAUGGAGAGUGUUCAGUCAAGGGAUGUGUGGAAGAGGAGGUGGCCUACAACUCCUUUUACGUUGACUCUGACUACCCCGUCACAAAGGUUCUCAGAGACCCUGUGUAUGCGGAAGUCCAUAUACUGGAGAGGACUGAUCCCAACAUUAAAUUGACUCUUGGAAAAUGCUGGGCAACUUCUGCUCCCUACCCUCAAAGUCUCCCUCAAUGGGACUUACUGAUUGAUGGCUGCCCAUACCAUGAUGACCGCUAUCUGACCGCUCUGGUCCCUGUGGACGCUUCAUCAGGACUCAUGUACCCAACCCACCACAGGCGUUUUGUUUUCAAGAUGUUCACGUUUGUAUCCGGUGGAGGUGUAAAGCAACAGGCUAUGAUUCCUCUCAACGAAAAGGUGUAUAUCCACUGUGAAGCAGCCGUGUGUCAACCGUCUGUCGGAGAUAAUUGUGAACCUAGGUGCUUCAGAAACAGGAGAGACGUUUCUGUCCAGAAAGGCUCCAGAGAAGAGACCACUGUGGUUAGCAGUAAGGAGCUGGUCUUCAUUCAGUAA